AUUAAAAAUCCAACACUAUAUAAAUAAUAUGCAUACAAAUAUAUAUGUUAUACAUCAUUUGGACAAUCCGCGCUUAUCAGUUUACUAGUGGCUGUCGCCGCAGGAGCAACUGCUUGUUUUCUAUUUCGUUACCGCUUCAAAUUCAAAGUUCUUAAUUCGAAAUUCUUGCGUUUUAUUUUUUGCCACACAACAGCCACACACAGCCACACACAGCCCACACACCGCUUAAAUGUCGCAGCACUCGAAGAAGGAGAGCAGCAGCAGCAGCAGAAGCAGCAGUAGCCAUGCGAGCCAGAGCCAUAAACAUGCGAACAACAGCAAUACCACUCCAAACUCCCACUCCGUAGCAGCCACCAGCGGCAACAAGAGCUACAAGCGACACACGGCGGCGGCCAAUGGCAGUGUGAAGGCCAAUAGCAACUCCCAACAUACCAGCAGUUACACGACCGCCAAGUCCCUCAGUGGUAACAGCAACGCCAGUAGUAGGAUUAGCAUAAUGCAGGGCGCCGGCGCCGCAUCUGCGCAAGCGAUUAACAAGAAGGAGAAGACAAAAGACAAGCAGCGUGAAAGGGAACGCGUUGAACGCAGCCAGCUGGUACUCUGGCGGCGUCCGCUGCAGACCACCAAGUACUGUGGUCUCGAGCUGGCCACGCUCCUGCGCACAUGGAGCGCCAGAUUGCUGCAGCAGCGGCUUCUACUGGCCGUCCUGAUAGUAUUAGGAAUUGUAUUUAGCAUAAUUUACAAAAUAGACGGUCCUCAUCAGGUGUUCAUUGAGCUUGUGCAACGGAACACCUGGUUCUUUGUCUACUGGAUCGGACUGGGCGUACUUUCGUCCGUGGGUCUGGGUACCGGCCUGCACACGUUCCUGCUCUAUUUGGGGCCGCAUAUAGCCAGCGUUACCCUGGCCGCCUACGAGUGCAAUUCGUUACGUUUUCCCCAGCCACCGUAUCCAGAUGACAUCAUCUGCCCGGAGGAGCCAUACGAUAAGCGAGUACCAAACAUUUGGUCCAUCAUGUCCAAAGUGCGACUGGAGGCCUUCCUAUGGGGUGCAGGCACGGCGCUUGGCGAACUGCCGCCCUACUUCAUGGCCAAGGCGGCGCGACUCUCGGGUUACGAUCCGGACGAUGCCGAGGAGCUAGCCGAAUUCGAGGCGUUAAAUGCCAAGCGUCAUCAGAAGAACCUCAGUCUAGUGGACAAGGGCAAGCUGUUUAUGGAGCGCGUUGUGGAGCGAGUCGGCUUCUUUGGCAUCCUGGCCUGUGCAAGCAUUCCCAAUCCCCUGUUUGAUCUGGCUGGCAUUACUUGCGGCCACUUUCUGGUGCCAUUCUGGACGUUUUUCGGAGCCACGCUCAUCGGCAAGGCCGUGAUCAAGAUGCACAUACAGAAGAUCUUCGUUAUUAUUGCCUUCAAUGAGACGCUCAUCGAGCGGGCGGUAGACCUCUUGGCCACGCUACCCGUGCUCGGCCAUAAGCUGCAGGAACCGUUCAAGUCGUUCCUUAAGAAUCAAAAGCAGCGACUGCAUCGGCAGCAACGUGGAACAAUCGGUGGCGUUGGCGGUCCUGGUGAUUCUGGCAACCUGCUGUCCAAAAUCUUUGAGACGUUCGUAAUCGGUAUGGUCUGCUAUUUUGUAGUCUCCAUUGUGAACUCCCUGGCCCAGAGCUAUCACAAGCGACUGCACAAGAAACCGUCAGCGUUAACGCCACCAGGAACAUCAACAGCGGCGCUCAAGAGGCUGGGCAAGUCUAAGGCUUUAAAAGAUUAGAGCAUGUCGCAAUCUCUUCAGAUCAGUUUCGUUUUUAUAUAUAUUUUGUUUAAUGUUUUUGUCGCUUUUAGUCGAAUUAUAAGUGUAUGCGGUGAAAAGAUUAAUCCUUUUUUUUUUGUCAG